CAGCUGAGCUGGCCUGAAGUCGGGAACUGCCGCUUUCCUAGGAGAAUCCGGACCCAGAUCAGGGAGCCCCACCAGAAGCCAAGGCAAUGGCCGCGAAGCCUGAGAAGAGGGUGGCCUCGUCCGUCUUUAUCACCCUGGCGCCCCCACGUCGGGAUGAGGCGGUGGCCGAAGUGAGACGGGCAGCCAGCGAGGCCCGGCCUGGCCGCCCCCGGGAGUCUCCCACCCCAGGGAGAGGCCCCGGGGCCGGCUCAGCCGGGAGGCCGGGCCCCUGGAAGGCCCCUGCAGGGCCAGCCGCACCUCCCCAGCUCUCCAACGGAGGAUGCCCUCCCCCACCUCCCUCCCCAGAUGGCCAGGAGGUACUCCCAGACCUGGACCUCCCCCCACCGCCACCCCCACCUGCGCUGGCAUACCCGCCACCUCCUGAGGAGCCCCCUGCCCCACUGGGGGCGUCCCUCAUUUCGGACUUCCAGCAGCUGCACCUGCUCCCACCCCCGCCCCCACCACAGUCCCUGGCGGAGGGGCCGCCACCCCAGGCUCGGCCCAGCCACCUCAGGUCUGCAGACGAGGAGCUGCCGCCUCCCCCAGAAGAGCCUGUGAGCUUCCCCGACAGGGAGGCAUCGACAGACGUCUGUGCCUUCUGCCACAAGACCGUGUCGCCCCGCGAGCUGGCGGUGGAGGCCAUGAAGAGGCUGUACCACGCCCAGUGCUUCACGUGCCGCACCUGCCGCCGCCAGCUGGCCGGACAGAGCUUCUACCAGAAGGACGGGCGGCCCCUGUGCGAGGCCUGCUACCAGGACACCCUGGAGAAGUGUGGCAGAUGUGGCGAGGUGGUCCAGGAGCACAUCAUCAGGGCCCUGGGCCGGGCCUUCCACCCUCCCUGCUUCACGUGUGUGGCCUGCGCUCGGUGCAUCGGGGACGAGAGCUUUGCCCUGGACAGCCAGAAUGAGGUGUACUGCCUGGACGACUUCUAUAGGAAAUUUGCCCCUGUGUGCAGCAUCUGUGAGAGCCCUAUCAUCCCCCGUGACGGGAAGGACGCCUUCAAAAUUGAGUGCAUGGGAAGGAACUUCCAUGAGAACUGCUACAGGUGUGAGGACUGCAGUGUCCUCCUGUCCAUCGAGCCUACGGACCAGGGCUGCUACCCGCUGAACAACCGGCUCUUCUGCAAACCUUGCCACGUGAAGCGGAGCGCUGCGGGGUGCUGCUGAGCGCACCCCAGGGCUGGGGGCUGCGAGGCCCAACAGGACCCUCCCCUGACUUGGUUUCCCGUCCUGACCUCCCGCCACCUGCCCUCCGAGCUGCUUGGGAACCAGCCUGCCGCUGCGCCACAGCAGCCAGCCAGCGCCGCCUCCUUCCCGCCAAGGUGCUGGGCCAAGGCCUCAGACAGCGCCCUCAGGCCGCCACUCUCGGGCUCUGGAAGGUUCUCUCGCUGGGAAGUCCCACCUCUGAGCUCUGGGCCUCUUGAGCACUUAUCCGGCCACUCCAGGGCUGGGGCGAGCCCCAGGGGCCUUGGGCCCCUAGCUGUGACUGGAGGUGGCCGAGGGGUGCUGAGCCCGCCUGGCGUACAGACUGCACUGCUGGAGGGAAAAAACGCCAUGGUCCCUUAAAAAGCGCUUUCGUAACCACGGAGGUUCAAGGGAGGGGGCGUGUUCCUUGGUAUCUUGGAGCAGGAUCCUCCCUAGGAAGUCUCCUGUUUCCUGUACUAGAGGGACCCAGUGGGGGUGCAGCCCAGGUGUGAGCGAUAGUAGCAGGGGAGGGGAGGAGGGUUGACCCCACGCCCAGGAGCUCUGCACAGUGCUUGGGUGUCUGCGUAUGCCCGGGGGGGGGGGCAGGUGCUGGAGAUCUGGGGGUGCUGCCCGCAGCCUUGACCACACGCUUCUCCAUACAGUGCUGGGGGUCCCCUCCGUCCCUGGCUCAUCCACCCAGACCACUCGGCUGACCAUCCCAGGCUGCUUCUGGCCACUGCGUCCUCCAUAGGUCUCUCCCUGUUUCUUUUAAAAACCACCUUAGUGGCCUGGUUACUUCAAAGACAUCUGUGGGCUGCGCAAGUGAGGCUGCGCGUUAAUCCUGGGCCCCCUUGCUGUGCCACAGGCUCCUGGGAGGGGGGUUCCCUGCUCAGAGAUUCCCUGCAAGGCCCCUUAGGGCCUUCCGGCCGGGGAACAGCUGCUGGGAGAGCCGGAGCAGCGGCCCCCACGCCCCAGGGGUUCACUCAGCACCCACUGCUUGUGUCAGAACCCCACAUGGCCUGUGCUGUGGCUCCUCGACGCUUUAGGCAGACGUGCUUGGUCUUCCUGGCACCUGCUGUGGCCCGCACACUUGCACGGCGCCCGCCCCUCUUGCGGGACACUUCCCCUCCAUGCAAAAAUAAAUGCGAAACUAUCAGAAGCU